AUGUCCAGGUACCACUUUGAGGGCGAAUUUUCCGCCCGCAAGAAGGUGGACCUCCGCGGUCGCACCAGGGGCGAGGAGAACCGCCUGCAGGUGCUGGACCGAACGAGGCGGGAUCGGGAGAGGCGACGGAAGCAGAAGAUCGAGGCGGAGAGCGCGACGCGCAUCCAGGCGUUUUGGAGGCGCGAGCAUGCGGUGAGACAGCUAAGGGCGAGGAUCCGGGACGAGUGGGUGGCGGAGUAUGGGACCUUUGGGGACCGUUUGGACAGGUCGUGUUUGGACGCCAGCUCCCCAUGUUUACGAAAGCUGCUGUGUUCAAUAGACCUGAAUGACAGGGAAGACGUUCACAGGCUGGCUGCUGUGUGCCAGCUGAUUCUGACGGCACAAACCUCCCCAGAUAGGCUGCUGUUCUGUGCAGCAUUCCAAGGUGGCAACAACACGUACAGGACGUUGCUGCACAGAACAAAAAAGCUGCUGGAGUUGUGCCUGUGUGCUUUGGAGAGGCACAGGCAGGAGUUUGUGCCAUUUUUGUCGGCACCCCUCUGCCCUUUGGCGGCAGGCGCUGGUGACACAGCUUGCAUCCUUGCACAUGCCCUCCUCACACUUACCUCGCCAGAGCACUGGGUGCAUGCUGUCGGAUCAGUGGCUGGGCGGGGCAUAGCCACAGCAUUGUUGGGACACCUAUCAGCAAAGGGCCUUUACAGAGGCAUCUCACAAAUGGUGCAGGUGUGCAGUCCCCCUGAGGAUGGGCAGCCAUUGACGGCAUUGGAAACCAUUGCGGGGCAGACUGCAGCUUGGCAUUUAGAAUGCACAGCACGAACACUGCCACAAGAGGAGAUUCCAAGUUGCCCAGGCUCGUUGGAGCUCAUGUGCAUACCUUUGUUGUGGAAGAGAUGCAGGUCAAUUAAGUCCAACGGGGUGACCCUCCUCAGGGCACUGCUCGCUCACAGCGAUUCUGCAGAACUUGCUGAGAAAUCUCUGCCUGGCAUCGGAGUGGAGGGUGUGGUGGGCACAGGGGAGGUGGCACUAGCGUUGUUUGGAAACUUGCUACAGAUUGGCACAGAUCUUGCAAACAUGAACGCCGGCAGGAGAUCUUUUUGGACUCAGCUGUUGUGGUGCCGGCUUGCGGGCCUUAUGUUUCGGCUGCUGACGCUCAUGCCGCUCAGGCAGCUGUUUCCUGCUUUGCAAGACGAAGAUAUCGACGACGAGCCAUCGACGUCUGGUCUUCAUGUAUGGCCAAGUGGGCAGGCACAGGUGGAAACUGGAAGGAAUGUGCCGCUUUCGCUGCUGUCCCAGAGUCGUUGCCUCCUGGAGGCACCUGGACAGGAGUUCCUGCGAGUGCUGGUGCAAGGCAUUUUGCCCCACAAAAUGGCUGUCGAUGUGGGGGUGUUGGGGGAUCUAAGAAUCCUGUCUGAAGGAGUCUCUUCACUUUGUGGGCUUCUUGGACUGGUGCUGCGCUGCCAACCACAUCUGCAGCAGCAGACUUGGUUGGUGUCCCUCGCAGUCUUGAUGCAUUUUGUGCAGCGCAUGUGGUUCAGCUAUUUGAGACCAGCGUGGCGGGAACUCCCUAUAGGGUGUGAAGUGGGCAACGGGGCUGAACAACUUGUUGCACUUCUGGUUCUGUGUCAAGUGUUCAGCUGUUUCCUUGUGACAGCGAGUGUUGAGGAGGUGUUCCGGAGACAAGAGCCUCUGCCUUUGUUGGAGUUGUACAAUGGUGCAGACCCCUCAGCCGGCUUCAUACCCAUGUUGAGACAGGCAAUGUGGCAGGUGAAUUGGGUUGAAGGGGACAGCAGCAUGCAGUCCCCAACUGCAGAAUCUCUGAGAAUGGAGUUUCAAGAUGCUUGUGGGAAACUUCUGGGGCAGCUGUUUGACUGCAACUCAAGAUGGAAAUUUGCGCCUAUGGAGGCUUUCCACGCAACUCACAUCCCCAUGCACAAGUUUCAGAUGGAGGCAAAGGCAGUGACUCAGGCUGUUGCUGAUGGUACUGAUGUGGAAACUGAGGCAGACUCAAGGGCAUUUCAGCUGCUGCACUGUGCUCCAUGCCUCAUUCCUUUUCAGGAGCGGGCCAAAGUUUUUCAGGCUCAAGUGCAGCAUGACCGAUUGAAGCACCAGUCGGAGGACCGUCCUGCUUUUCUGGGGAUGAGCUUUGAGACGAACAAGUUUGUGACAAUCCGCCGCAGCCAGUUGCUGUACGAUGGCUUCAAUCAGCUUAAUAGCUUGGGUGCGUCCCUGAAAUCCAGAGUGCGGAUUCAGUUCAUCGAUGAGCAUGGGCUGCCUGAGGCUGGAGUGGAUGGCGGGGGUCUCUUCAAAGACUUCAUGGAGGAGUUGGUGAAACGGGGCUUUGACCCUCAGUAUGCGCUGUUCACCUCAACGGUUGACAACCAACUAUACCCCAACCCAGGGGCGGUUUUUGCCCAGCCAGAUGCAGUGGAACUGCUGACGUUCCUUGGACGGAUGUUGGGAAAGGCUGUGUAUGAAGGCAUCCUCCUUGAACUACCACUGGCUGAGUUCUUCCUCAAGAAGUUCCGAUCGUCUUAUUGUGACAUCAAUGACCUCCCUAGCCUGGAUCCUGAGAUGUACCGUAGCCUGUUGACGCUGCGGAACUACGAUGGGGAUGUGUCCGACCUCAGCCUCAACUUCACCAUUGUGGACAGCGUCUAUGGAGACAACAGGGAGGUUGAGCUGAAACCAGGAGGUCAAGACAUUUUCGUCACAAAUAAGAAUGCCAUAGAGUACAUACAUCGUGUGGCAAACUACCGCUUGAACCAGCAGGUGAAGGCAGUUUGCGCAGCCUUUCUUCAGGGCUUCUUUGAGGUAAUUGACAGGGAUUGGGUGCGCACGUUCAAUUCAGCGGAGCUUCAGAUGCUCAUAUCAGGCUCCCAGGAAGGUCUAGACCUGGUGGACAUGCAGGCCAACGUGGAGUAUGCUGGUGGUUAUCAUGAGGGCCACCCUGUUAUCCACCAUUUUUGGGAAGCCCUGGGGACAUUCUCUCCAGAAGACCAGCGUGCCUUCUUGAAGUUUGUGACUGCCUGUUCCAGAGCCCCACUGUUGGGCUUCAACUACCUUCAGCCUCACUUGUGCAUCCAGAUGGCCGGGACCGUCCUUGAUGACAGUUCCAAGGAUCGCCUGCCAACAGCAGCCACCUGCAUGAACCUGUUGAAACUGCCUCCAUACCAAAGCACAGAGAUUGCGCGUGGAAAGCUCUUGUAUGCGAUCAAGGCAGCAUCGGGCUUCGACCUGAGUUGA